CUUUCUCUUUCUCUCUCCCUUCUCCUCACUUCCCACACUCUCCCCCUUUGUUUUCUUCUUCGCAUAUCCGUUACAAUCUCUCUCUCCUUCUCCCUCAUCACUCUCUCUUUUACCCUCAAGUUUUGAUUUUUCCAGAAAAUUUGUGAUGGAUCUGUGGUGCGCUCAUAUCAAGAACCCCAAUCUGAGUCCGCUUCUGCUGCGGAAUUCGUUUUCCGAGAGGCCGUUUUCAUGCUAUUUGGCCAAGGUCGGGAGUUUCAGGCCUGAAGAUGGGAGGCUGUUCGAGAUCAGGGUUGCUUCGCGCAAGGCUUCCUCGUUGGUUGUGAGAGCCAUGGGCAAGAAGAACCAUGAUAAUUCCUCUUCUUCUGGAAAUGGCGAUCGGUCUAUUCCAGAAGGAGAUAGCCUGAAAGGAAACAACCCUUCUGAGGGCAACAAAUCCAAUGACACUGCCUCCCAGAAGUCCCGUCAAAUAAUUGUGGACUGGAGAGAGUUCAGAGCAGCUCUCUUUGCUCGGGAACAGGCAGAAAAGGCAGAUCCUGAGGCUCACAGCCAAGGUGGAACACCCCAAGAGCCUAAACCCCUAGGCCUGAAAUGGGCCCAUCCUAUUCCAGUACCCGAGACUGGCUGUGUUCUCGUUGCCACAGAGAAACUCGAUGGGGUACGCUCCUUUGAAAGAACUGUUGUUCUCCUUCUCAGAUCUGGAACCAGACACCCACAGGAGGGGCCAUUUGGAGUUGUUAUUAACCGGCCUCUUCACAAAAAGAUCAAACACAUGAAGCCCACUAAUCUGGAUCUGGCAACCACUUUUGCUGAUUGUUCCUUGCAUUUUGGUGGUCCUCUAGAGGCAAGCAUGUUUUUACUAAAAACAGGGGAAAACCCAAAACUUCCUGGGCUUGAAGAGGUGAUACCUGGCCUCUGUUAUGGUGCUCGAAACAGUCUGGAUGAAGCUGCAAAACUGGUGAAGCAAGGGGUGCUUAAGCCUCAGGAUUUCAGAUUCUUUGUUGGAUAUGCUGGGUGGCAGCUGGAUCAGUUGAGAGAGGAGAUUGAAUCAGACUAUUGGUAUGUGGCUGCAUGUAGCCCAAAUGUAAUCAGUGGGGUCUCAGCAGAGUCUUCAUCUGGUCUAUGGGAGGAGGUUUUGCAGCUAAUGGGUGGUCAUUACUCUGAACUGAGCCGGAAGCCCAAGCAAGAUAUGUAGAGUUACCUCUGAGCCUACAAAAUUUAAGAAACUGAUCAGGGAGUUGAAGCAAGAUACUUAAUGGAGUUGUAAAUGAAGCCAAAUGUACAGAGUAUGCUCAGGACCUUUUAAACGGUAGAUCUCGUUUCUUUUUCAGAAACUUGCCAUUUAUGCUUCUUCUAUGUACUGAUACUCUUUAGUUUAUUUAUUUAAAAUAAUACUUAUAAUUAGGAAUCUCUUUAUCA